AUGUUUCAGUCAGACAAUGUAGAUUCUCUGAAAUUGUUGUCAGAACUGACUGGAUUACUAUUAAAUUAUUUGUCGAUUUUGAUUCCCCCUGAACGGUUACAGAGAGUUACACAAGAUGAGUUGGCCACAUUCAAUUUCAGAGACUGUGUUAUGAAUACUAGGGGCAUUCACUUGGGAUAUUUGUUUGUGGAGGAAUCUGCGAAUGUACCUAUACAAGAUUUAAACAUCAUUAAAGAAAGAUGUACUCAGUGUCUUAUUCGUCUCUGUGAAGAAAUCCAAAUGCGAUUACCAAACAAUAUUAAAUUAUUAGAAAAAAAUUCAAUUUUCUCGCCCCAAAUCGCGACAAGCCAAGUAAGACCUAAUAUUGAAGAUAUAGUUGUUGGUUUCAAGGAUGUGCUUGGAGGAGUGGAAAAUGUUGAUGCGACGCUGCAAGAGUGGAGAAUUCUACCUCUUCAGCAAUGGAAAAAAACCAAAACAGCUGACGAGUUUUGGGGAGAAGUGUUGUCAUACAAAAAUGCUUGUGGCGACGCAGCUUUCUUUAAUUUAACAAAACUUGCCACGGCUAUUUUAAGUUUGCCAUUUUCGGUAGUUGCCAAGUAG